UAAAGUUCUCUCUUUUAAGUAGUCAAAGUUUGGAACUUGAACACCAUCAAAUUCAUCAAUUUACUCCAACUUGACUAAAAUCUUAUCUUUUUUUAUCUCUAUUAUAAUCAAUCUUGAUUCAUCAAUAACUCGAGUUCAUACACAUAUACAUUGAUCUCUCUCUUACAGACAAUUGUCAAAACAGAAAAAAAAAAAACAUGAAGUUCUUCGGGUGGAUGCAAACCAAACUUAAUGGGGAUCAUAACAGACCAAGCACUUCCUCUGCUUCUUCUCAUCAUGAGAAGCAAGAGCCAAGAGAGGAGUUUAACGACUGGCCUAACGCGCUGCUAGCUAUUGGUACAUUCGGUACAACAAGCAACAGUAUGAGCGAAAACGAGGGGAAGAGCGUUGUUCAUGAAGAGAUUGAAACGGAAAAGAAGUGUACCACACAAGCCGAGCAAGAAGAAGAGCCUUCUUCUUCUGACGAUCUUGAAGAUUUCACUCCUGAGGAGGUCGGAAAGCUGCAGAAAGAGUUGAUGAAGCUCUUGUCAAGAACAAAGAAAAGGAAGUCUGAUGUGAAUAGAGAGCUCAUGAAAAAUCUUCCUUUGGAUAGAUUCUUGAACUGUCCAUCGAGUUUAGAAGUCGAUAGGCGAAUCAGCAAUGCGCUUAGCGCUGUUGUAGAUUUGUCAGAGGAGAAGGGGGAAGGUAUGGAGCGAACGAUUAACGUUAUUCUAGGUAGAUGCAAAGAGAUAUCAAUAGAGAGUAAGAAGAAUAAUAAGAAGAGAGACAUAAGCAAGACCUCCGCCUCGUAUCUUUUCAAGAAGAUCUUUCUCUGCGCAGAUGGGUUUUCAACAGCCCAAGCCCCAAAACCUAGCUUGAGAGACACGCUUCAAGAAUCAAGAAUGGAGAAGUUAUUGAAGAUGUUGCUUCAUAAGAAGAUUAAUGUUCAAGCCUCAUCGAAACCAACAUCAUCGACAACAAAGAAAUGCUUGCGAGACAAGAAACAGCUCUCACUAAAGAGUGAAGAAGAAGAAGAAGAAGAAGAAGAAGAAGAAGAAACCAACGAAAGAAGAAGUAGUAGCGACGGAUAUAAAUGGGUCAAAACAGACUCUGACUUCAUAGUUCUUGAAAUCUGAUCCAACCUUCGUCUUUUAAGCUCUUGCAAAAUAUUUUCCCAAGUACAGAUACAACAUCUUCUCGAGAAAAUUCAAAAGAAAUAAUGAAAUGAGUCUUUCAUUUCUGAGGGAAUUUUUUGGGUGCAUCUGCAGAUUAAGCCUUGGGCUUUUAGAAUGCUUUAACUUCUAUUUUUGCAUGAUUAGAUCUGUGGGCAUUUGGGUCCACAGAACCAAACAUGUUCUUGAAAUUAAAUUGCAUACAUGCGUAUAUAUGUAUAUAUAUAUGAAAUGUGUUACAUACAUAUAUACAUGUGUGUGUGUGUGUGUGAUUUGUGUAAUUUUAAGGUGGAUAAC